GCGUAACGUUCUACAUUUUGACUUAUUUGUCAACUACACAACUAUAAAUUUGUUUUCUGAACUUCUGUAUUGUCACAGUGGACUUUUGUGUUGUCACAGUACCCGUGUAAAGUAUGGUUUUGAGAUAUUUCUACGAUUUGAUGUCACAGCCAUCGAGAGCAGUGUACAUUUUUCUGAAAAUUAAUAAAAUUCCGUUCGAACCGAAAGCAGUUGCCCUUAGAAAAGGAGAGCACUUUUCAGACGAAUACAAGAAAGUUAAUCCCUUCGGAUUAGUGCCUGUUCUGGACGACAAUGGAUUUAUUUUAACCGAGAGUGUUGCCAUUUUAAAGUACUUGGUAGCAAAGUACAACUUACCAGAGAACUGGUAUCCCAGAACGAACUUACAAGCCCAAGCAAGAGUAGACGAAUAUAUGAACUGGCAACAUUGGAAUACCAGACUGAAGUCAGCAUAUCUCUUCAGGAAUCUGUUAAUUGAACCAAAAGCUUUGAGUAGACCAGUAGAUUGGGAUAAAGUUGAACUUUUUAGAACAGAAGUUAAGAAAACUGUCAAAUUGUUAGAAAAUGUUUGGCUGAAGGACCGACCUUUCCUUUGUGGACAAGAAAUUUCUGUAGCUGAUAUUCUUGGAAUCUGUGAAUUAAUGCAACUGUAUGGUAUUAAUGAAGAAUAUUUGUAUGAAGAGAAUUCUGUGGUGAAAGCAUGGAUGGGGCGAGUAAAGGAGAGACUACAGCCUCACUUUGAUGAAGCUCACAAAAUGACAUACAGGACACGUGAAAUGUACCCAAUGAUUAAAGAACAACUAGCCAAACUGUAAGAUGUGUACUGAACAUUGAGUUUCAGACUGUUGUAUAUCAGUACAAGAUCCAUACAUAUUUUAUCAAUAUAAUAAACUCGUAUUAUAGA